AGCUCCGUCUCCCGGCGUGGGGCGCCCGGGCGGCCCCUCGGCGCAGCGCUUUCCUCCGCCACCCCCGUCCCACCCCCCCGUCUCUUCCCCGCCGCCGCCACUGGGAGCGCGGCCCCUUUAAGAGCCCGGCUUUGCCUCCCGGUAGCUGAAGGUCAUUAAACACAAAAGCGCUCCAGCGCUGCGGUCCAAUAUAGCGCAUGCGCCCUGCCCGAGGACUGGCAGGGAGACGGCAAUAUGGCGAGAAUGCCUGGCAGCGGCGGCGGCGGCGGCGAGUGGAGCACCGGCACCGGCGGCGGCGGGGGCGGCGGCGGCGAGAACAAUGCGGGCGACCGGCCGCCGGGCCGCGGCGGCACCCACCGCCCGCACCACUACUGCAGCGCCGGCGAGGAGGAGGACGGCGAGGAGGAGGAUGAGAUCCAGGAGGUGCAGAUAACGGGGGACGAGGAGGAGGAGGAGGACGGAGCCGAUGGGGGGCUGCUGCUGGACGAGGAGGAGGAGGAGGAGGAGGAGGAGGAAGAGGAGAUGGGACUGGAGUGGGACGGCGAGGAGGAGCCGCUGCCGCCGGAGCCAGUCCAUAUGCCGGGCGGCAGCGGCGGCGUCGGGGCGGCCCCGGGGGGCGCCCCGGCGGCGGCGGCGGCCCCGGGGGGCGGCGGCGGGGCGGCGGAGGACUCGGAGCUGGAGGCGGCCCUGCUGCUGCAGCGGCCGGAGCGGGCGCGGCUAAGCGAGAACACGCGGCUGGCCACCCGCUACGCCGUGCGCAUCUUCCGCGAGUACCUCAGCGAGAAGGCGCAGAGCCCCGACUUCGAGACCAUGGACAAGGGGGCGCUGUGCCGGGUGCUGCGCUCCUUCUACGCCGAGGCGCGCUCCAAGAGCGGGCAGCUCUACUCCAAGUCCUCCCUCAUCAGCAUCCGCAGCUCCCUCAACCGCUACCUCAACGAGCCGCCCUACUGCCGCACCCUCGACCUCACCAAGGACCCCGAGCUCCGCGCCGCCAACCUCACCCUGGCUGCCGUCAUCCGCAAGCUGGAGGAGCAGGGCGCUGGGCCUGUGGUGCAGAAGCAGGCCAUCACCCGUGCUGACCUCCGCAAGCUCUACACCUGCAGCGUCUUCAGCACGCAGAGCCCCUUUGGGCUCCUCAACAAGGUCUGGUUCGAGACCUGCAUGUACUUCUGCACCCGGGGCCGGGAGAACCAGCGGGAGCUGGAGGAGGACUCAUUCGGGCUGGCCAUGGACGAGGACGGCCGCAAGUUCGUCUACUUCAAGGCCCUGGGGCCCUACCACAAAUCGCGCUCGUCCUCCUGGAGCAAGAAGCGGGCGGAGAGCAGUGAUGAGGAGAACCUGCCCCGCAUGUACGAGACUGGCACCGAGUUCUGCCCCUACGCCAGCUUCGUCAAGUACCUCUCCAAGCGCAACCCCCUCUGCAAGGCCUUCUUCCAGCGCCCACGGGACCACUGCAGCGAGGGCGACGUCACCUGGUACGAGAACAAGGCCAUCGGCAAGAACCUCCUGGGCACCCGCAUGCAGAUGCUCUCCAAGGCGGCCAAGCUCUCCAAGACCUACACCAACCACUGCAUUGGCGCCGUCUCCAUUGCCACCCUCAACAGCAUCGCCGGCAUUGGCACCAAGCUGGGGGGGCCACAGCCACUGCACCACCACCACCCUCCUUCCCACCACCACCACCACCACCUCCUCCACCACCCUGCCGGCGGGGGCUGCUACACCCCCGCCACCCUCAACGGUGGGCUGCGGCCCCGGCCGCCCGCCCCCGACCCCUACGUGCUGCCCAAAGACGGCGAUGCCGCGCCGGUGAAGGCGGAAGCGGCUGCGGUGGCCCCGGCCAAGCGGGCCCUCUACGAGGUGGUGUUCCCGGCGGGGGCCGCGGCUGGUGGCGACGCGUGCGGGCCUUCCGCCUCCCCCAAAAGACACUGCCGCCGCCCUACCGAGCCCCUGGACGCCGCCGCGCCCGCAGUGGUGGUGGUCUCAGUGAAACACGACCCCCUGCCUCACCUCCUCCCCGAAGCCAAUGGGCACAGAAGCACCACCUCACCCACAGUAGUUUCACCUGCUAUUGUUUCCCCCACACAGGACAGUCGGCCCAAUAUGUCAAGACCUCUGAUCACUAGAUCCCCUGCAUCUCCAUUGAACAAUCAAGGCAUCCCCACUCCAGCACAACUCACAAAAUCCAACGCACCAGUUCACAUUGAUGUGGGUGGGCACAUGUAUACCAGCAGCCUGGCCACGCUUACAAAAUAUCCUGAUUCCAGAAUUGGAAGACUUUUUGAUGGCACAGAGCCCAUUGUCCUUGACAGUCUCAAGCAGCAUUAUUUCAUCGACAGAGAUGGGCAAAUGUUCAGAUAUAUCUUGAAUUUUUUAAGAACAUCGAAACUCCUCAUUCCUGAUGAUUUCAAGGACUACAGUUUGUUAUAUGAAGAAGCAAAAUAUUUUCAGCUUCAGCCGAUGCUAGGAGAAAUGGAAAGGUGGAAACAGGACCGUGAGACUGGCCGCUUUUCAAAAUCUUGUGAGUGCUUGGUGGUGCGAGUUGCCCCAGAUCUUGGAGAGAGGAUUACACUGAGCGGCGAUAAGUCAUUGAUAGAAGAAGUGUUUCCAGAAAUUGGUGAUGUGAUGUGUAAUUCUGUCAAUGCUGGCUGGAAUCAUGAUUCGACGCACGUCAUCAGAUUUCCACUGAACGGAUACUGUCACCUCAACUCAGUUCAGGUACUUGAGAGGUUACAGCAAAGAGGAUUUGAGAUUGUUGGCUCAUGUGGAGGUGGGGUGGACUCUUCCCAAUUCAGUGAAUACGUACUGAGACGAGAACUCAGAAGGACAUCUCGUGCACCCUCCGUCAUUCGAAUAAAGCAAGAGCCUCUGGACUAAAAUGGACAUGUUUCUUUAUGCAAAAAAAAAAAAAAAAAAAGGAAAGAGGAAAAAAGGGGGACGUUUCAUGUGCAGUUUGGACUCCAAACAAGUCCUGGAACCUAAAAUUGAAUAAAAGACACAUUUAUAUCAAAUAUAGAGACCACACCUGAAUUCAUAUGGGAACAUUUGGAAUAGUAGUAAUAAUAAUAACCUCAAGGUGUAAAAGAAAACAUAUAUAUAUAAUAUGUAUGUAUAUGUAUGUAUGUACAUAUAUAUAUGUAUGUAUAUGUCAAAAGGUAGGAAAUGCAACAAAAAAAAGUGGUAGAUGAGGUUGGUGCUGUGAUGGCCAUUAAGUGUCCUAGGCCUUACUCAGGCCCACUUAACGGUAUACAAGCCAUUACCAUUGGGGGAUACAUAGACUACUCUUACACAUUUUCCAUUGCCAAACAGCCAUCCACUUUUUAGUGUGUACACCUUGAUUCAACUUUAUUUGCAUAUGGAGGUUUAUGUCUGUCUUUUUUAGAGGUGGAUGGGCAGGCGUUCAGGAGACGACCAUCCAUUGCAUUGGAAAGCUAGUCGACUGAAAUUUUAAAUGUAGUUUGUACAGAAGUCGCACACUUUUUGUCUGCCCUCACAGAUGUGAAAGGUUAACUUUUCUUUUGAAUGAGUUUUUGUUGUUGUUUUUUGUUUUGUGUUUUUUUUCCAAAGGGGGCCAGAAUAAUUAAUAUUUGGUAGAGAUGCUCUGGUUUGAAUCUGCUGCUUUCCUACAAUUUUUCAAAUUUUAUAAUGUAUUAAAUACAAUAAACUCUGUUUAAAAUAA